AUGGGAGAAAACCAUACAACAAUCUAUCACUUGGCAACGAACAGUUUGAAGAGUGCCAAGUCUGCUCCAUUCUUGGAGAAGUUGGUCCAGAAGGACAUUGAGGUAUUAUAUUUGAUUGAGCCCACCGAUGAAGUUGCAAUCCAGAACCCAAAGACCUACAAGGAAAAGAAAUUCGAUGACAUCAGCAAGGAAGAUCAAGAACUUGGUAAGUUCUUGCUUAUUACUGAUAAAUACGCCACAUGCAUUUUACUUUCGUACUUCGCUUCUUUAGACGGGAUAAAGCAACAACUUGGUGACAAAUUUGCCAAAGUCCAAGUCUCCAAAAGACUAAGCUCAUCUUCGUGUGUGCUUUGGAAAUUCGGAUGGUCUGCCAACAUGGAAAGGUAA